AUGGACGGGCUGCGUAUUUCUCUGGUCAUUCUCCUGGGAGUUGUACACUGUCGUGAUGAUUGGAUCUCUGGAUCAGAGUUGGAAGUGACAGUCACUCCAGGAGACAACAUCACUCUCUACUGUGACUAUAAAUUAUCCUCUGGAGAACUUAUAGUGUGGUACAGGAACUGCUCUCAUGAGAACCAGCCCUCUCUCAUCCUAAAACUAAAUCGUAAUGCAUGGAGACAGUCCACUAUUACUGCCAGCCUUCUGAAUCCUCUUCCUCGUUUCCACUUUGUGAGAAACUAUGUAUCUGACUCCUAUGACCUGCUGAUUGUAAAUGUCACUGAUUCUGAUGAGGGCCUCUACUACUGUGGAAGUGAACAGAAACAAGUGGAGGACAAAGGACAAAUUACUUCGAAAAACAUUUACAGAUAUGGCACCAAUACAACAAGGAUCAUUACAGUACUCAACUCCACUGAGCCUUACCACCCGAUUACACAAGACUGUGGUGUGUGCUGGAUGCUGCUGUUCUCUCUGUGUCCAGCUCUCACUGUUAUCUGCUCUGUGCUCUCCUCUCUUCUGGUUUAUCACCUCUGUCGGGAAGCAGCUGAGGAACCUAAAGCUGAUAAGAAAAGACAUGACACCAGAGGCCAAACAAGAGGGGAAAAGGAUGAAGAUGUGUGUUAUGCUGCAGUGGAAAUCCGCGAGACAUCACAGAGACCAAAGAAGAAAACCCAGAGCUCAGACUUCACCACCUAUUCUGCCAUCAAUGUUUGUAGGAUGUAGAGAGCCUUAGAAUUUAUACAAAUAUAUAUAAAUUGUGACAUUACUUUAUUAGAGUUUAUAUUUCUGACAUUUAUCUCCCUUGCAAACAAACAGCAAUGAAACGUGUGUGAAAUAUGGGUAAGGUUUUUCUUUCAGUUGAAAAGCAUUUCUUUGUUUAAAAAGGUGAUAAUAAACUAUUUUCCCAGUGUCA